ACCCCGUAGGGAGGGGGUGCUGCCCACUUCUUGACGUAAUCUUUUUGCGCCGGAAGCGCCGCCAUGCGGGGGCGCCUUCUCCGCGCUUGGCGCGAGGGACUGAAGGCGGCGGGCGGCGGAGUGGGGUCUCGGCGGGAGCCGCCAUGGCGGGUGUUGUUCUUUGGCACCGACCGCUUCGCUGUUACUACUUUGCGUGCCUUGCAGGCCGCCAGGGAGCCCAGCAGGGGCUUGCUUGUGUCCAGGUUGGAGGUGGUGACGCUGCCCUCCUGCCUGCCCGUAGAACUGCCUGUGAAGAGCUGUGCCCAUGAGCUCCAGCUGCCUGUGCACGAGUGGCCACAGACGGGGCCUGUGGGGCAGUUUGAUGUUGGUGUGGUGGCAUCGUUUGGGCGUCUCUUGAGUGAGGACCUUAUUCUGCAGUUCCCAUAUGGCGUGCUGAAUGUCCAUCCCAGCUGCCUCCCGCGGUGGCGUGGUCCUGCACCAAUAGUCCACACAGUACUUCAUGGUGACAAAGUGACCGGGGUAACAGUUAUGGAAAUAAGACCGAAGAGGUUCGAUGUAGGCCCAAUUAUUAAGCAAGAAGUGUGUCCUGUUCCUCCUCAAUGUACUACAAAGGAGUUGGAAGUGAUAUUAGCAGAGAUGGGUGCAAACAUGCUGCUGUCAGUUUUGAAAAACUUGCCUGAAAGCUUAGAAAAUAAAAAAGAGCAACCAAAAGAAGGAGUAACAUUUGCUCCUAAAAUAUCUGUAGCUAAGAGUUGUAUAAAUUGGGAAGAACAAACAGCUGCACAAAUAAUUCAGCUGCAUCGUGCCAUAGGAAGUAUGUUUCCUUUGCAGACACUUUGGAAGGGCAGUACUGUUAAACUUCUGGAUUUUGUGGAAGUGGAUAAUAUCCUUGAUUCUGUUGAGACAAGUGCUUUAAACCUCUUUUGCUUGUUUGCAUUAAAAACACGAAGCAAUCUUGUGUUGCUUCUAGAUCAAGUAUUAAAUGACCACGGAGUUGUUCCUGGCUCACUACUCUACCAUAAAACGUCCCAGACACUGAUAGCUCGUUGCAAGGAGGGCUGGGUUGGAAUCAAAACAGUAGUAUUAAAGAAGAAGCUUACAGCUAUUGACUUCUACAAUGGGUAUAUGCACUCUUGGUUCCAGCAGAACUCAAGAACAGUUCAUCAGGAAUGCAGGUUUCAAACACUCAAACUUAACACAGCAAAGAAGACUCUGAAAGAGAGGGAAGUAUUGUUGCAGGAUAUAAAGCGGUAGAUGUUUUUUUUCCAUAUCUUAAAGUACAUCUAUAAGUUAAUAUAAAAUAUUUUGAUUCCAAACAAUAACAUUGAACUUGGUGAAGUUUUUCUUCCCAGAAUGUGUGACCUUAUUGUCAAGCAUUCUGUUCUCAUCUUGGAUUUCUGAUGAUGAUCAUUUCUUUUACCCCAUUAAGGAAGAGAAUCUCUGUAUGCACCAACAGCAGUGAAUAAAUCUGUUUCCACUGUUGGGUAAUAAAUAU